AUGGUCUUCUCGUUUUUGUGCAAAGUGGGGUCGAUAAUCGUCGGCACGCUCUUUCCCUGCUUCAAUACCUACAAAGCGGCGAAACGGCGAGAUGGGCCAGUGCAGAAAUUCUACACCAAAUACUGGACAAUCUUUGCGUGUGUAUCUUCAAUUGAAGCGAUUGCUGACCUCUUCUACAUUACGUCUCUCGUCCCUGGAUACGAAGUGCCAACUCACAUGCAUCGGCAAGUAAUUCGAUCGCUGAGCGUUGAAGAAACUUUUGAACAGCCUCAAGCCGUCUAUUCGGCUCGGGUUGUCGAAGUAGAAGAAUUGGAUGACGAGGAUUGGGAGGAAUAUAUUCCAAAAGAAAAGCACGAAGAAACACGAAGAAGUUUUGUCAGCAGGAGGCCUCAGAAAGCGCCGGAAACGAAGACAACUCCACUUCGUCGAUCAAAGCGGCAUCAGGAAAAGCAUAGGGCAAGCAUUGCCAGCAAAGACUCUGGCGAUGAAGACGAGGCAAAUUCAUCGGAUCAGGUCUUCAACCUGGGAAGUGAUGAAUUAGCAACAGGCGAUGAAGGGGCUUCACGAGGAAAGAUCAAAUCAAAGAGAGGAGGACUGGGAAGGCGUGGAAGGGGCAGAAAUGCAACGAUGACCUAUCGGGGGAACGAUUCAACU